AUGGAUUCCCAGGAAAAUUUAUCGUCUGAAAACGCUCGUUGCUCUCCAGACAAAGAUAGAGUGGUGAGAUAUAUCAAUCAACUUCUUCUUUCAAUCAUAGAAGAAUUAUCCAAACCCGAUGGCUCUCCUUCAAUUUCAUUGAAGCGCCGAUUGAACCAUUCGAACUACAGCCUCAAUCCCGAGACUGGUGCCCUAGAAUCAAGUGAUCAACACCGUGUUUAUACCUACUACUGGCCUGGAAAGACUUCUCAGGAGGGCUGGCGGUUUGGAGUGUUGACGCGGAUAUUGGGCUUGAUAUCAGAAGCAAUCAAGGGGGAUUUCAUAAGCUCCAAAAGGGAUAUCUUCUACCAAGAUCCUGUAUACUUCGGGUCCCAAACGCUAGUAGACAGGUACAUCGAUGAUAUUGCUUUCACGCUUGAUGUGGAUAGGGCAGCCUUACAUGUGGCAGCAGCAGCAAAAGGCGCAAUAGGUGGAAAUUUUAGCAUCACGAUGAAGAACGAAUCUUCAAUACAGGUGGGAGCUUUCGCUGAGGGUAUCAUAAUUCCAAGAAUCGAUGAAGUUGACGGAAUAGAUACUUCGGGUAUCUCAUGGAUCCUGGUUGUAGAGAAAGAGGCGGUGUUUCACCGCCUGAUAACUAGUGGCUACCACAAUACCUCGGCAGCAGGAAAUGGAAUCCUUUUAACUGGAAAGGGAUAUCCUGAUCUUAGCAGUCGAGAAUUUCUACGUCUCCUUUCAAGCCAGAAAGGAUGCAACUCUAAAAUAGUUUCUAAUCCUCUGCCGAUAUUUAUACUGGUUGACCGUGAUCCAGACGGGAUGGCAAUAAUGUCAACUUAUAAAUAUGGGUCGAUGGCCCAAUUGCAUCGAAACGCUAAUCUCAAUGUGCCUUCAAUAAGGUGGGUGGGGUUGCAGGCUUCUGAGAUGAUAUCAACCGUACAUCCUCGAAACACGCCUUCGCUUGUCCCAAUGAGCCAACGCGACCGAAAAAAGGCAGAGGCUAUGCUUAAACGGAAUCCAAGCUUUGCUGAAGAUGGUCCGGAGCCAACAUGGAGGAAGGAGCUGCAAUCAAUGCUAGUCAUGAAUGUUAAAGCGGAACUCGAAAUACUGUAUGAAUUGGAUGGUGGCAUGGAGGGAUGGCUCGAUAGACGGUUGUCGAAGAUAUGUUGA